GUGCCUUGAGACAAACAUGGUUAGAUUUGGUUUGCCCUCAACCGAUCAAACUGGUUAUCUAUUUGUGUUCUUCCGUCACUUCGCCAGUUCACAAAAUCGUAAAUAAAGACAAUUCUCACCAACGAAAAGAGGAAGACAUUCAGUUAUCAGAUUUACCCUCAAAAUCGUAAAUAAAGAUAAUUCCCACCUACGAAAAGAGGAAGACAUUCAGUUAGCAGAUUUUACCUUGAUAAAUUAUUCGAUGAUGUUUCCCAAAUUUGUCUCAUCAUCAACUGGUUUUGAUCUCAAAUAAGUUAAAACAAUUUCUAUGGCAAUAGCAGCAGCACCACCACUUAAGCUGUCUCCUUACUUAGAUCCUCAACAACAGCCACGCUUACAAACCGAAUUUAAUCCCAUAAAAAGGGUACCCUUCCUUUCAUCUAGAAACCCUCUCCUUUGUGUCUGCAAACUCCAUCGUUACAAUUUCAAGUGUUGUCUCCCUUCUUCUUCCUCCACCAACUCCGUCACUCCAGCUCAAUACUACUCCUUUCUCGAUGAAUCAUAUAGGGGAAGCCGUGUUUUAACCAAUGAAGAGCUUGAAAAGCUCAAAGCUUUGGAGUCUUUCGUUUAUCUUCAAGAGUUGGAAUCUGGGUCGUUGUGGGUUCGGGUCAUGAGGAUUGAGGAGAUGGAUAUGACUGUCGGGUUGUUGGCUUUGUCAUUCGCUGAAUCAAUGCUCAUGUCCUUGCAAUACGAGGCUUUGUUGAGGUUCUUCGUGAAACAGUAUUUGAUUGAGAGGAGAGCUUCGAUGCCACACGCUGUCACUCUUGUUGGGUUCUAUAGAGAGGAAGGUGGGAAGAGAGGUGAGGAACUGGCUGGAACAGUGGAGGUUUGGUUUGACAAAAGGGGUGCUAACGCUUCUCCUCCUACACCUACGCCUCCCAGGAAUUCUCCAUAUAUUUGUAACAUGACUGUCACAAAGGAGCUUAGAAGGAGAGGCAUUGGUUGGCAUCUUCUCAAAGAGUCCCAAAUGACUUCUUCAAAAGAGAUUUAUUUGCAUUGCAGAAUGAUUGAUGAGGCUCCAUUUAACAUGUACAUAAAAGCAGGAUACAAUGUUAUUCAGACAGAUAGUAUCUUUAUCUUGUUGACAUUACAGAGACGUAAGCACUUGAUGUGCAAGAAACUCCCUGUAUCUAACAGUUUCCCAGCGCCAGAUAUGUCAGAAUCCGUCCCAAAUGGAGUUCAGAAAGCUUGCUAGGAUCAUCCAUUUGGGUGGAUUUCGUACUAGGAACUUGAUGGCUACUUACAAUAUCGCCUUGUGUUUAGUUUAUCAUGUGCAUGGUAGAGCACACUUGAAAGGUAAAUUGUAUCCAGCAUAUCCAUUGCUUUUGUCAUUUUUUGUCAAGUUAUUGUCUUUAGCUCGUAAACAAACUUCUAAUGCACCUCCUCUCUCCUGCUUUGCUUACGUGUUCUUGAGCAUGAACUUAUGAUCAGGAAAGGGAGAAAACGAAAUGUCUUUCCAUGUGCUUUUGUCAUUGUUGGUACAAAUGAAAUUAAAGUAACUAUUUGUUUA